AUGAAAAGCGAACUCCGUUAUUUAUGUCUGUUAGUUCUCGUGUCUACGAGUUUUACAGUGAUCACGGAGCCUAAGGAACAUGUUACUUUGGAUGACGAACAUUCCUAUAGUUUUAACGAAGCUUUCGGUGCAUGUUCCUCAAAGAAGGAACACGGAACAUUUGAAUGCAUAAAUCGUGGCAUUCUAAGCGCUUUACAGUCUUUAAACGAAAAAGAUAGCUUGGAAUUUGGAAAGAUACGACUGGACAGAGCAGAGGGUUACGGCAGAGAUCUUCUGGAUCUAGACUACGAUCCAAAGGAUUUCGGAAAUGUCAUGAAGGCAGCUGCUAGACUGAUGGAACGCCGCAAUAUCAAGUGGAAUCUGGAUAAUAUAUAUCCGGGAUUACAAAUGCGCAUCGGACCAAUGCUAAAUGGAAACGGGAUACUGGAAUUUAUUCUUAAUGAAAGAGUUACUUCGUACGGUGAUAGACAGACUGGUACAGGAAGGCAGUUGACCAGACACAUAUUACUGCCAUUUCUAUUGGGUUUCAAAUUCAAUCUGGCAUCCCUAAUUCCACUUAUGUUCGGUUUCCUGUUACUCGUGACCAAGAAGGCUCUCUUAUUGACGAAGAUGGCGUUAUUUCUGAUUGGUCUUUUAGGAUGGAAUACGCUCUUUUUCGGGACAUCUACAGUACCUCCUUAUUCGGCAAACGCGUUCAAUGGCUUCCAUGCUUACGGACAUGAGACACCGCCCGGUGUAUACACGCAUUACGAACAUCAUUUCCCACGAUCUUAUAGACAGCUACAGGACUAUAGUCCUUAUGAUCAACAUGUCAUUAGGGAAGUCGUCAAUGUUUACGAUGGAAAUAGCGAUUCGGGACAGGGUAGACAAAAUGCAAAAAAUUUAGUUUUUGACUCAAAAUAG